UUCAUUCCUAGUUAUGUUGCACCUUCUGUUUUGCUUUUCCUAAUGGCCAACUCGCAGGCAGCCAAUCCGAAAAAAACAGAAGCUUGCGCCAGCCUGGAGUGAUUUAUAAAUUAAUUUCAUUUUGCAUUUCUUUCUUUCGUCAAAAAAAAAUCCAGGACCAUCUUCCAUUGGUCACGCGAGUAAAAUUGCAAGGCUUGUCCAUGGAAAAUAGAAAAGGGAGAUCUCGGAAGUAAAGAAGGAUGAAGCAGUUGAGAACAGCAAGUUGGAGUGGCUGGCCCUUGGCACGGCAGUAACACCUCGAUUACCUUAACCUCCUCGCAAGGGCCAUUUCUCUUCUUUUGACCUGGCGCUGGGGUGAGAGGGAGGUCUUUCUUCCUGAAGAUCUGGCCCAACGAUGGCAGGGGAGAAAGCUAAGCCCAAAGUGAUCGAUGCCGAAAAGCUGGCCUGCCUCCUGCAGAGUGGCGUGGAGGGCACCCUGGUGAUUGACAGCCGCUCGUUUGUGGAGUACAACACCUCGCACGUGCUGGGCUCAGUGAAUAUCUGUUGCUCAAAGCUGGUGAAACGGCGGCUGCAGCAGGACAAGUUCUCCAUCGCCGAGCUCAUUCAGCCUUCCUGCAAGAUGAAGAUUGACGUGGAGGGAACGCAGGAAGUGGUGCUUUAUGACCAGGGCACACGAGACCUCAGCAAGUUGACAGCUGACAGCUUCACCUCGGUACUCCUGGGCAAGUUGGAGAGCUAUUUUCAUCAUGUUUCACUAUUGUCAGGGGGAUUUUCCGCAUUUUCAUCCUAUUUCCCAGGCCUGUGUGAGGGGAAGCCCACCGCUCUCCUACCAGUGAGCAUCUCUCAGCCGUGCCUACCAGUCGCCAACAUUGGUCCCACACGAAUCCUUCCUCAUUUGUACCUGGGCUCACAGAAAGACGUGCUGAAUAAGGACCUGAUGGUGCAGAAUGGAAUCACAUAUGUUCUCAACGCCAGCAACUCUUGUCCAAAGCCUGACUUCAUCUCAGAGAGUCACUUCAUGCGCAUUCCAGUCAAUGACAACUACUGUGAGAAGCUUCUGCCCUGGUUGGAUGAGUCUGUCGAUUUUAUAGACAAAGCAAAGGUCUCCAACUGUCGAGUACUCGUUCACUGCUUGGCUGGGAUUUCGCGAUCAGCUACCGUUGCCAUUGCCUACAUCAUGAAGAGCAUGGGGCUGUCCUCAGACGAUGCUUACAGGUUCAUCAAGGACCGGAGACCAUCCAUAUCUCCCAACUUCAACUUCAUGGGGCAGCUAUUGGAGUAUGAGAAGAACUUGAGGCUUCUGAAAGUCCGCUCCCUGGCUCCCCUGAAGCCACCGGCAGAUCGGCUGGAGGAGGAGGUUGACAAGGAGGCGUCCGACGGCUGCAGAGGCAGCUGGGACAGGACAUGUCCCAGAUCCUCCACCUCUGAGGCGGCGGGCCCCGGCGCACCCAAGGACGCCAGUCAGCAGUGCAGUGGCAACGCUGAGAGUGGCAGGGGGGACUGCAAGAAUGCCUCGCACGUGGCCCUGCAGCAGAGCCUGAACGGCCUGCACCUCUCCAUGGAGCGCCUCCAAGACACCAACCGACUGAAGCGCUCCUUCUCGCUGGACAUCAAGUCCUCCUACCUGCCAAACCCUGCCCCUGGCCGCUGCGGGGCAGCCGUGCCACACGGCUCCGAUGGCAUCCCAAAGCUCUGCAAGCUGGAGGUGAGGGCGGGGAGCCCUGGCCAGGAGCCAUGCAGCCCAACCCUGGAGAGCCCGGGGACCGACGCUGGCAGUGAGUCAAAAGCCCGGCAGAGGCGCAGACCAAAGCACAACAGCAGCCUCCCAAACCCGUCCAGUUCACCGGUGCACUCCCUGAGCUUGAACUUAACCAGGACCCUCGUCCCUUGCGCGGUCCACAAAGGCAGUGGCGCGGAAGGCAACUUGAAGCAGGCGCUGUUGCUAAGCAUCCCCAGUGCCCAGCCGCUUCCCCUGGGAAGCAAUGGGGUGAACCGGUGGGGGAAGCACACGGAACUGGGGCAGCCCCCUGCCGCGGCAAAUCCCUCUGCUGGCAGCGGCGGCUCGUGGUACUUUGGCACAGAUCAGCCUCCCGCAAGCAAAGGGGCAAGUGGUGCCGGGCUCUUCGGUGGCUCUGCCCCCUCGUACCCGCCCUUCGGCUGCGGCUCCGCCCCGGGCGGCUGCGAGCCGUACGGGCCGGUGCGGCUGCGGGAGAAGGCAGCCGAGCAGCGGGACGCCCGGCGCAGCUGGCACGAGGAAGGCACCAUCGAGAAGCAGUUCAAGAGGAGGAGCUGCCAGAUGGAGUUUGAGGACGGCAUGUCGGAGAGCAGGUCGAGGGAAGACCUGGGGAAGAUCGGCAAGCAGUCCAGCUUCUCCGGUAGCAUGGAGAUCAUCGAGGUGUCGUGAUGGUACGGGAAAUGGCUGUUUUGAAAUGGUGAAAGGGGAGCAUCUGUGGUUAUUUGUCACCUGAAAUCAGGCACUGCUUGAAGCCGCAGACUCUGUUUUUUGUAAAAGCAGGUGGAAGUGCGGCAACUGUUGUCUCUGAUGAUAAUGAGAGUGGGUUAACACAUCACUUGAAACUUGUCUUGAACAUUUUUAGAAAAGCUAAUUUAUUUCUCCAAACACAUUCUGGCAAUGGUAAAAAAGAAAAUGCGGGAACUGGCCACCCCAGUUUAACAUUGUACAGUGCGGUAUUUAAGUACUUCAAGCAAUACUCAAGAAAAGAAAGUCUGUUUUUAUCUUAUUAAUUAUAUAUUUUGUGUUGAUGUUUCCACAUCGUACCUUGGUCUGCGCAGGACUGCUACCUGAGAAGGUCAUUUAUUGCACUUUGUCCUUCCUUGUGUGUGACUGAGCCCAUUAAAAUGCAGACUGCAGCACUAAGGCUGGAAAAGUACCUUCUAUGAGAUAAUCUGUAUGAACCAAUUGCAAAUGGAUGCAGACAUUAAUAUAAUGUAAAUAGUGGUGUAUCUAUUAUUAUGGCUGAUUUAAAUGUUUUUAAAUAGUUUAAAGAUAUCCUGGCUGCUUGAUGCAAAUACCUCAGGUUUGAAUAAACAGAAAAAUUAAAAAGGCUUUUUCUUUUACUACCCUCCCCAUCUUGUUUGUGAAAUGUACACAAGCUUCAAUCACGAUACAGAGGGAAAAAAAAAAUCAUCUCAGGUUUUUUAAACUAAUUAACUGAGGCAGAUUCCGGUGAUAUCCAUGAAGGGGGGAGGUCAAGUGCUGGUGAUCAGUGGACAUCCAGGCAACCUACAGGCCGAGCGCUAGUUGCACGUGCCCAUUGCAUUUGGGACAAACAUGUAGGGAGCUCAUGGCAUCACACACCAAUCACAUGUUGGGAGGCCAAGAUGUGGGGCUCCCCCACAGCAACGGUGCUCUUUCAGAAGCCGCAUGUUAAAUCUGUCCACCUUGCUCCGGUGCUCAUCUCCUUCCCACCAUCUCUGGCUCCUGGGCAGGGAAAGCUGACCAUGAACGGGCAAAAGAAACAGAUCAUCUCUGGCCUGGGCUGUCAGCAAGAGAAUCUGGUGGUGUCCAUUUAACUUGCUCUUGACUGAGCAAUGCUGAUCAGAUGCUUGGUGACUGUUUGCUCGAGGCCCAAGCAAUAAACAUUGAUGAGAUAGCUAUCUGUCCCACUGUGUAGAAAAAAGCAUCAUAGUUAUUUAUAUCAUUGAUUUUGUUGAGUUAAAAAUCAAUCGGCUUUCUCUUCAUUUCGAUUUGUUCUAUAGGUGAGGGUGUGAUCAGUGUAGCCAGCAUUACUAGUUCAUCCCUGAGAAGGUGUGGGUAGGACUUUUCUUUCUGAAUUGCCACGGGAUGGCAGUUUUGACACAAAUGAACACUUGCCAGAGUGCUUCAGAGGGCGUUGAAGUCAGUCCCAUUGGUGUGGGACUGGGGAUGCAAAGGGUAGACAGAUAGGACAAGGAAGAGCAUGAGUCAAUGAGUUCGGUUUGUAAAAGCUUCUCAGUCACUGUUCUUACUAAAUUAUUUACAGAAUUUAAAAACAAACUGAACAGAGAGAUGUUUGAUCCUUCAUUCUCUGAAAUUUCCUCUCAAGAUUUCUGCACCAUUUCUUGUCUUCAAGGCAAAUCAAAGACCGCUCCCUCCAACACUGCCUUUGUGAGUGUUCUUUCUGCAAUGCACCCUACAGAUCCCUGCGCCCUAAGCCCACUGCUCUGUAAAACACUCAUGACCACGCGAUCCCAUGGAUUUGCUGACUCUCUAAAUGUUAGGAAACAUGAUUGUAAUCAUGGUUGGACUGGGAUGAAUUGUACCCUCCUUCCCCCCACAGUUUGAGGGAUAGACCUUCCCACAGCUGUUACUGACGUUGCUGAUCCUGUCAUCCCACUGAGCAUUUUUGGUCAGAUCUGACAAAUUUUUCACAACUCCCCUUCAUGGGAAUCCACGUAACAGAGAUCUGAUCACCAACUUUGCUAAGCUGCAUUUCCUCAGCCCCAGCAGUCAGUUAGGGAAUGCUGUUCUGAUUCAGCAGGAGAUUCCAAUAAACUCAGAUUAUGUUGGAAAUGCUUAGCUGGUCAGGCAGCGAGCGUGGAGAAAGGAAAAGGGUUAACAAUACGGGUGGAUGAUUAGAACCAUUCCAUUUGAAUACAGUCAACCUGAAUCACAAACUCUACUUCUCUCUUGACUGCCAUUCUGACUGGCUAAGUAUUUGUUUGCCUCAAACUUCCAUCAUUGGCAGGGUUUUUGCUUUUUGGUUACAAAAGAAUCAGAUAGAUUCUAGUUCAAUAAGUUAUAAUCUGCCAGAUGCAAAUUAGUAAAAUUUACCUUGACGCUUCACAUCAAAGGGACACUGCGAUAAUACCUCGCAGUGCAGACUAAUCUGGACCACAUUUGCUUGAUCUGCACCAGUUACAAGUCAAAAGGGAAGCAAAGGUUGUGGGUAGAGGGGUUGAGAGUCAAUCUGAGGCAAUCCCCAGGGUGUUUUCUACUGGCAAGCUAAUGAAACUCUAGGAGCUGAAAUUUCUAGAUGUCAGGUUCAGGAGGAGGAGAAGGAGGGAGAUUCACAAUCAAAUGGGAUGAAGAAAAUGCCAACUGGCGUCACCCACUUUUCCCAGCAUAUCUACAAUUUAGGCUGAUACUAAUGAGGACGCAUUACCAUGGUUAGACAGUGUCCCACCAAUAGACCUGCUGCUUUGCACUACUUAGGCUUGGAAAACAGAUACCUAAUGUGGUUGGAGACCAUUUCUCAGCUCUGCUUUUUAAUGCUGUUAGGCAUCACCACAUGAGCCACAGUAGAGCUUCUGCCUGAGACCACAGGGCCUUCCUCUGGGUGCUCCCAUUUCUUCCCACAUCCCAAAAACACGCAAUUUGGUUGGUUAGUUGCCCCUAGUGCAAAAUCUAUAAGAGGUGGAUGAUAAUGCGGGACGAAUAAAAUGGGGUUGAUUUGAACAGGUGUUCAAUUGUCAGCGGCCAUUGAUGGUCUUGGCUCUGUGCUGUGUGACUCUAUCGAUGACCCGUUAAGGAGAGUUGUGGUUAUGAGUCCUGUCAGUGAACAGCAACACUCUAUUCUAUCCACCUAUAGUUUGGACAUUACAAAGAUGUCCUUUCUACAUCUUGUUGGAAGUAGUGAGGUCACGAUAGGUGUUCAAAGAAUCAUUAUACUGGUGCACCUUUUAGUGUUCCUGCCCGAUCUAUUGUGGAAGCUCAGGUCUCCAAGCACUACCAUAACUAAAGCUACUGCGCCGUCAAGGUUAUUACUCGGAAGUAAAUGUUGUUCAUUACUACAAAAGAGUUUUAUAUUGUUGUUAAGUUUUCAUGGCAUUUCUUGUGCAUUCUGAGUGAACCUCACGAGGGUCCAGUGAUUCUUGGAUCAGCUUGUCUCACUGUGUGGACAACCUGCCCCAUGCUAACCUGCACUUUCACCAGGAUUCCAGACCUGGGCGCAGAGUGGAAACCCAGUAAGUGCUGGCGUACAAGGGGAAUAGUAGUGGCGCAUUUGAAGUCUCCUGACAGCCAUCAAAAACUAUUAGGGAUUUACAGCACCUCAAAAGUCCUGAAUAGGUACAACAGGAAAACUUUAAAUUAUCUGUUACCCUCCUAGCAUCCACCCUCAGUGAAUCCACAGUGGUAGGGAAAUGGCCCCUGAUCACCCACAAUCUAAUCGAGUCACAGGCCAGCUUUGGGAAUGGGGUGAAAAGUCCCACCGAUAAUGGUCCUUUUACUUUGGACCUGGGAACUGAACUCUCUGGUCCAAUCAUAGCAGUAUCUCUGUUUUCCUUAAGUACUAACUAUUUAACCUGCAGAUCGAGCAUUAUUACAAGGGCCUUUCUCCUGAAAGCAUAAUUUGAGAAACCUCAAAAUGAUCCUUGUUUGGAAAGCUUACUUGUGGCCAUUGUUUCAGACUAGUAAAAAAAAUAUACAAAACGCUUAAAAGAAGAUUUUCAUUUUAAGGUCCACCAUGUAUCUUCUGUGUGCAUUACUGGAAGUACAGUGGAAAGGGAAACUUUUAUCUUAAUUGGGAUGUUACUCCUUUAACACUUGAGAAUGUGUAGCUUUGUUGCCAAUCCAGGAAAUGCGCUGUACUCUUCUAAAUAACCCUGAUUAUAUCUCUCCGUUUGGAAUGUACUUCUUUGGCCUCUUCUACGGCAUCUCUGUUUUCAAAGCCAAGCCUCCCAUUUUGUCAGUGUUGCAAGUGCAACGUCAAAUCCAAUGGAAAGCCACCUGAGGAUACCCUGUGGGAUUUCUUGCUCUCAACACCCUGCUUGUCCUUGUCCAUGAAAAGGGGUAUCAGUCACACCAGGCAACUAGAUUCUUUUCCAUGAUGGAGAUGCUUUGAGGGAUGUGUCAACUUCAGUUGGGGAGAGAAUGCCCUCUUUGGUUUGGAGCCUUGAUCCAAGCCCCUCUGCUAGAUUAUAAAUUCCCUAACAUAUCCACAGCCACUAUCCCCUCCUGCUCACCACCCCAGAGCAUAACUGGCUUUUAUUUAUAUGCACCCAUUUCCUCUCAUAAUAAGCUAUAAACAGAGAUACAAAUCAGAAAUAUAAAUAGUGUAGAUUAAAUAUUUAUUAUAAUGACAUUUGAUGCUUUUCCUUUGUUUGUCCCAUUUUGUUUUGACCUUAGUUCAACCCAGGCUAUUUAUUAUAUUCCUUAUUUUUGGUCUGUUUGUUGUGUAUUGUAGCCUUUCUCUUGUGUGAUUAAUGCAUCAUUUUUGCUGGUCUUUUACAUUGUGAAGUAUUUGAUAUUAUUACCAAGUGUAAUGAAGAAACUUUAAUUUCUGUUACUAGCCCUAUUUAUUGAAUGCUGUAUUAUGGUGCUUUUUUGUAAUUGGACAGUGGUGUUAUAAAUAAAUGGAUAGACAUUUUAACUAUGGUUUUCUUCAUGUUGAUUGGGAGUUAUUCAAAGGGACCAGAAAGGUUCAGCUGUUUGCUUCAGGGGCGUUGAAAGCUUUUGUUCAAAUAAACCUAC